CGCACGAUCGUCAUUUGCGACAGCACGCGUCUUCUUUCGGCCUUCGACCCGGUCCCUUUUGCCGUUGUUACGGAUAACGUGACUCGUAAGGUGUAAUUGAUCGCUACGUCUCGUCGAAUUAACGAAUCGUUUUAUCGCAAUGUCAACGGUAGCGAGUCCUUUAGCCGUUGGAGGCAUCCGGCAGUCGGGAGCACCGGUUCGCACACAAAACGUUAUGGCUGCCUGUGCUAUCGCUAACAUAGUUAAAAGUUCUUUGGGUCCAGUUGGUUUGGAUAAGAUGCUGGUCGAUGACAUUGGUGAUGUUACUGUUACCAAUGACGGAGCAACUAUCUUACGUUUAUUAGAAGUCGAACAUCCAGCUGCACGAGUUUUGGUCGAAUUAGCACAAUUACAAGAUGAAGAAGUUGGAGAUGGUACCACUUCAGUUGUUAUAGUAGCAGCUGAGCUCUUGAAAAACGCAGAUGAGCUUGUGAAGCAAAAGAUUCAUCCAACUUCAGUAAUUAGCGGUUACAGACUUGCCUGCAAAGAAGCAUGCAAAUACAUUCAAGAACAUUUAACUGUUAAUGUGGAUGAACUCGGACGAGAUUGCUUAGUUAAUGUUGCAAAGACGUCUAUGUCCAGCAAAAUUAUCGGAGCUGAUGCCAAUUUUUUCGGCAAUAUGGUUGUCGACGCUGCUAAUGCGGUGAAAAUCAGCGAUGGCAAGGGAGGUUCCUUGUAUCCCAUCAAAGCGGUCAAUGUUCUGAAAGCUCAUGGAAAGAGCGUCCGGGAGUCGGUUUUGGUCCAAGGAUAUGCUUUAAAUUGCACCGUCGCUUCCCAAGCGAUGCCGAAGAGGAUAGCGAAUGCAAAGAUCGCGUGUCUGGACUUCUCAUUGCAAAAAGCAAAGAUGAAGAUGGGCGUUGAAGUGCUUAUCACAGACCCUGAGAAACUGGAGGCUGUGCGUCAACGCGAAGCGGAUAUCACUAAGGAACGCGUCCAAAAGAUUCUCGCCGCCGGUGCCAACGUGAUUCUCUUAUCCGGCGGCAUUGAUGACUUGUGUUUGAAGUAUUUCGUAGAAACUAAGACUAUGGCAGUGCGUAGAUGCAAAAAGGCCGACCUGAAAAGAAUCGCUAAAGCUACGGGUGCGCAAUUCCUCACCUCGCUGACUAAUAUGGAAGGGGAGGAGAGCUUCGACGUCAAUUUCUUAGGAGAGGCCGCAGAAGUAGUGCAGGACAUGAUAUGCGACGACGAGCUUAUUCUUAUCAAAGGCCCAAAGGCACGCACAGCCAGUUCUAUUAUUUUACGUGGACCGAACGAUUAUUACUGCGAUGAAAUGGAACGUUCCAUACACGAUGCGUUAUGCGUCGUCAAGAGAGUUUUGGAAAGCAAAAGCGUUGUUGCGGGCGGAGGUUGCGUGGAGGCUGCGCUCUCUAUAUAUCUGGAAAACUUUGCGACAUCAUUGAGCUCUCGGGAACAACUCGCUAUAGCGGAAUUUGCGAGAUCUUUGUUAAUUAUACCGAAAACGUUAGCCGUAAACGCUGCACAAGAUGCGACCGAUCUUGUUGCCAAGCUUCGAGCCUACCACAAUUCCAGUAUAACGAAAUCGGAUCUUGCCGAUUUGAAAUGGGUGGGUCUUGAUUUGCUGGUAGGAAGUAUAAGAGAUAACAAGAAAGCUGGCGUAUUGGAACCAGCGAUUUCGAAAAUCAAAGCUUUGAAAUUUGCCACCGAGGCAGCCAUAACCAUUCUUCGAAUCGAUGACAUGAUUAAGUUGGAUCCCGAGCGUCCGAAAACUAAAUCGUAUCAAGACGCCAUGGAAGCUGGCGAAUUGGAAGAUUAAAAUGCAUUUAUACUAACAUGCGAUAUGUUUAUAAGAGAAAAAUGUAAAAGAUUUUUGUAAAUCUUACACUGCACGAGACAUACACACUCUACGUGAUAAAAUAAAGAAACGCAGGUUAUAUAAUUUAA